AUGACGUGCGGUGCGUUGUCGAGGUGGCCCAAGGGAAUCAAAGUCUUCAAGUGCACCCUCUGUGUGGCCAUCAACGAUCUCAGGUCGCAGUCCUCGUCAUAUCCUGAAACCCGACCGACUGUAAGACUGGUGAAUCCAUCGCCGACAGAACAGGAGCACUCAUGUGUGGAUCCUGAGGGGAAGAGGCUCUUCAGGCCGCUGGAGGACUACAUUAUCAACUGCUUUGCGCCGCCUCUACACUGUGUAAACACAUCAUUUAUGCAGAGGGUACCAAGGGCCCCAAGCCGGCGAGCCCCCCAGACGUCUAAACGCCGCCCCUCGGCAGCUCGCCGUGAUUCCUCUCCCCAAGACCCUGCGAUUCCUGAGCUGGACGCCAAACUUCUCUUGCUGGGUGACUUUGCCGAGAACGGACUAUGGUGGACAGGCCGUAAGGAGGAGGCCAUUCCGGUCCGAACGCCUUCACACCGCGAUGAAGAACAUUCUAUUGUCUCGAGCAGGAGCCCCAACAUUGACUGGGCGGACGUGGACGCGUGGUAUUAUGCAGUGAUAAAUGCAGGAGAAAGCUGGACACAGAUAUACGAGGACCUCACCGCGACGGCUUCGUACGUCCCAUCGGCGGCCGUCGACCUGUCGCGCUUGGAGGGGGAAAUCCUCCAGGCCCAGGAGCAUCUUCGAAAAACGCUGCUCAAGGUCACCGAAAGCCUCCUCAAACGGCCUGGGCGGCCGAUCAGGACCCCUGAGGAUCUCCGAUUUAUCCUCAUCAUUUCUGCCAAUCCUCUCCUGCACUCGUCCUUUGAGACUUUCGCUGGCCGCUUCAUGCAGCCGCAAAACGGCCAUGCCUCUGGAUCUCUGCGCGGCUACGGGCCAGUCUCUGGACAGCAUUCACCCAUCAUCAAACGCAUUCUUGGCCUCCUGUCUAAUACACCGCCGGAAUGCCACAGUCACCUAGUGUCGUGGUUCUCCAGACUUCCCGAGUCUCGCUUCGUCCAACUCAAGGAUUUCGCCGGCGGCUUUCUGGCGUACAGAUUGAUCCGUCAGAACGAAAAGAAGUAUGAGACGAAGGUAGAUGUCACCGCAGGACUUAUCCCGCAGCUGGCCGCUGGGCGAACACCUGCAUCCUUGCACGCUGCAUUGGGCCAGUCUUCACGAUCCAGGAAUAAGAAGCCUGCCAGGGACCCGCCCAAGAAGAUUGUGUAUCAUGACGACUGGCAGACCAAGGCCGCCGCUCGCGUCCUGGGUCUUCUUUUUGCAGCAAAUAAUAGUAAUCACCGGCGGCCCGGUGCCACGAUGCUGUCGUCGCAGGACGAGGUCUUGAAUAGCAGCGUCAAAGACCAGGUGCAGGCUCGGGGCCAGAUAGUACCGACCAGCGACUUCUACGCCACACUCCUCGACGACUCGGAUCUCGUGGCUGACUUUGAAGCCUGGGAACAAAAGAAGGGCAAGUUCUCGUUUUGCCAGUUUCCUUUUUUGCUCAGCAUAUGGGCCAAGAUACAAAUCCUGGAACAUGAUGCUAAACGUCAGAUGCACAUCAAGGCGAGAGACGCCUUCUUUGACAGCAUCCUGAGUCGGAGGACCAUCGAACAAUAUCUGACCCUAAGCGUGAGGCGCGACUGCUUGGUUGAAGACAGCCUCAAGAGUGUCAGCGAGGUCAUCGGAGCAGGUGGGGAAGAUAUCAAGAAGGGACUGCGGAUUGACUUCCAAGGCGAAGAGGGCGUAGAUGCUGGCGGGUUAAAGAAGGAGUGGUUUCUACUGCUUGUCCGGGAGGUCUUCAACCCCGACCAUGGCAUGUUCGUCUACGACGAGGAUUCGCAGUAUUGCUACUUCAACCCCAACACCUUCGAGACGUCUGAUCAAUAUUUUCUUGUGGGCGUGGUUUUUGGCUUGGCGAUCUACAACUCCAUCAUUCUCGAUGUCGCCUUUCCCCCGUUCGCAUUCCGCAAGCUCCUCACGGCUGCGCCGCCUACCACGUCGGGCCUCUUGACGCAGCCAAGGCCGAUUAUGUCGUACACCCUGGAUGAUCUCGCAGAAUACCGGCCGCGCCUCGCCAAAGGCCUCCGGCAGCUUCUCGACUUUGAUGGUGAUGUGGAGUCAACCCUUUGUCUCGAUUUUGUUAUUGAAGUCGAGAAGUAUGGCUACAUCGAGCGGUUCCCGCUCUGCCCCGGUGGAGAACAUAGAGCCGUCACCAACGCCAAUCGUCGCGAGUUUGUUGAUUUGUACGUGAAGUACCUUCUCGACACGGCCGUCACGCGACAAUUUGAGCCAUUCAAGCGUGGCUUUUUUACUGUCUGCGGCGGCAACGCGCUGUCUUUAUUCCGCCCGGAAGAAAUUGAGCUGCUGGUACGAGGGUCUGAUGAGCCUCUCGACAUCACGGCCCUGAGGGUGUCGGCUGAGUAUGAGAACUGGGGCAAGGCACCAAACCCAGACCAAACCGAGCCGACUCUUCGGUGGUUCUGGGACUCGUUUCAGAAGGCGAGUGCACGGGAUCAGAGACGGCUUCUGGCGUUCAUCACUGGUAGUGAUCGUAUCCCAGCCAUGGGCGCCGCAUCGCUGACCAUAAGGAUCUCAUGCCUGGGCGAUGAUAUUGGGCGGUAUCCCACAGCUCGGACGUGUUUCAACUCGCUGCAGCUGUGGCGAUAUCAAUCACCGCAAAGGCUCGAGAGGUUGCUCUGGGGCGCUGUUCACGAGAGCGAGGGUUUUGGGCUGAAGUAA